CCUGGCCGUACCAACAGAGCGCCUUUACAAGGCCGAGAACGAAGAAAUUAGGAGCCAACGCCGACACGCAACAGAGGAGGAAAUCCCCAAUCGCCAUGGCAACCCGCGCGCCGCCGCCGCAGUCGUCGUCGGCCGGAUCCGUGACCGUGACGGUCGAUCCCUCCCCCUCGUCGUCCUCCUCGGCCCCGCCCCCGGCGACGGCCGCGCCGGCGCCGGCGCCGGCGGAGGCGGUGGUGCUGCGGCUGAAGCGGCGGGCCAAGAAGAAGGUGUCGUGGAAGGAGGGGACGGUGGACAACGAGGGCCUCGGCCGCAAGAGCUCCAAGAAGUGCUGCAUCUUCCACAAGGAGGUCCCCUUCGACGAGGACUGCAGCGACGACGAGGCCCCCGGCGGCGGCGGCGGGCACCGCUGCCCGCAGGGAGAUGCUGGCGAGGGCACCAGCGGUAGCGGCGGAUGCUCGUCCUCCUCCCACGACCACAGCCAUCACCACCACUGAUCUCCGUGCGGAUUGGGGCUUCUUGAUCUCUUUAGGCAUGUUUGUGGGCCUCUUCUUCAAUACUUGAAGUUAUUGGAGGGAAACUUAUACUUCUUUAUGCCAGGCUUUUUGGAGGAAACGUACUGCAUUGUUUUGUAAUUUGGUUGCUUAUGCUAAGAUACCAUUAUGUAUUGGAACUUGCAAGAGAACCAUUGGGCCAGGUAUUUUUUGGCUGUAACUUCGAUGGAUUAAUGUAUUGUUCCAGCGUCCAAAUAUCUAUUUCGAGAUGUAUAGAGUGCUCUUCCUGUUAUUAUUGUCAUAGUUUGGUUGUCGAAGUUGCUAAGUCUGUUCUUCUGGGCGAUUCACUGGUUAAUAUACCUUGCUGACUUUAUUGUACUUGCCUCCUAUAUUAUAGUGGUAUGCUGUUUGUUAAUGAUGAA